ACUUAACAAUGGACGACUGGUUAGAUUUAGCCCCCUGUCCCCCUCCAUCGAACCCGGGCCUGCUGUACAGGUCCCCCUACCCUGUAGACCUGACCGAGAAUGAGGUACAGAGGAUCGCAGAGAGAUGCAAAGUCCCUCCUAAGGACAUGCUAAUAAUGAGUUCAUCUGUACGGAGCACAUCGAGUGUGUUGCUUCCUGCUUUAGUUUCGUUGUUUUCUGUGACUUUCUUGGGGAUUUUGAUUGCUGUGGUGGUCUAUAGAUACAGACACAAGAAACAGAGCACGGGCGAUAGCUGCCUACAACCCAUGGACUCUCAGUGUGAUUUAAUGGAAGAGGUUCAGGAACGUGGUUACAAGGGCUGUGACAAUGAUACAUACAAAGAACUGAAGACUGCCAACACAAGCACACAGGAGAAUUCUGACAAAAAAAAGCAGGUCUUACAGAAUUCUGAUAACACAAACACACAGCAGGACAUGACAAAUUCCGACAAAACAAAGCAGGUCUUACAGAAUUCUGAAAAAGCAAAAUUAAAGCAGGACCUUCAAAUAUCUGACGACUCCUUCUCAAAGCAGGGAAAACAGAUUUGUGAAAAUGUAUACAUAUAGCACGAAUUAAAGAAUUCAUAAAAUCUGGCCAAAGAUGCCAAAAUAACAAGUGGUAUAGAAACCGGAGCAUUUUCAUAACAGAAAGUUUUCUACCACGAGCGUUAAACUUACAUGAAAAUGGAAAGUUGUGAUGUUUAUUAUUUUUACUUCAAAUCAAAAUUCACUUCUGA